AUGGGGUACUCAAGAUAUUUCUUGAUUUCCAUUCUUUUUCUUUCUGUGGUGCUCAAUACUGUGGCCAAUGGGCGGCCUCUGGUCCCUGCAUUGUUCAUAUUUGGGGACUCUGUAGUUGAUGUUGGCAACAAUAACCAACUAUUAACAGUUGUUAAAGCAAACUUUCCUCCUUAUGGAAGAGACUUUGAGAAUCACAAACCAACAGGAAGGUUCAGCAAUGGAAAGCUUGCAAUAGACUUCAUAGCUGAGACCAUUGGAUUUACCUCUUCCCCACCAGCUUACCUCAAUUUAUACAUCAAAGGAAAUAACCUCCUGAGUGGUGCCAAUUUUGCUUCAGCUGGUUCUGGUUUAUUUUAUCUUACAGGGGGUGUAAUUUCAUUGAACCACCAGCUGGAGUACUACAAGGACUACCAAAAGGAAUUGGUGAACAUAGCGGGUCCAAAUGCAUCAUCAAUUAUAUCUGGUGCUCUCUAUCUUAUUUCUUCUGGGAUCAACGAUUUUCUACAUAAUUAUUAUAUAAAUCCUCUGCUUUUAAAGCGUUACACACCCGAUCAAUUCUCAGACAUUCUUAUUAGAUGUUGUUCUAAUUUCAUUCAGAAUAUCUAUGCACUGGGAGCAAGAAAGAUUGGUAUUACAACAAUACCUCCAAUGGGUUGUAUGCCUGAACCCAUCACUAUCUUUGGCCUUCACAGCAACGAAUGUGUGCCCUGGCUAAACUAUGUUGCUCUUAACUUCAAUCAAAAGCUCAACGCCAUAUCUCAGGACUUGAAACAAAUGCUUCCUGGCAUCAACUUGGUGAUCCUUGAUAACUACCAACCUUUAUAUGACCUUGUCACCAAGCCUUUGGAUUAUGGAAUCUUUGAAGCAAGGAAAGGUUGUUGUGCUACUGGGUUGGUAGAGACUUCUAUACUGUGCAAUCAAAAGUCCAUAGGAACAUGUGCUAAUGCGUCUGAAUAUGUAUUUUGGGAUGGUUUUCAUACCACACAGGCUGCAAACAAGAUUGUGGCGGAUCAAUUGGUUCCUGCUGUCUUAUCCCUUAUAUCCUAAUCAAACACUUAUCGGUUCGUACUAUGAAUUUCCUAGACUUGGGAGUGUGUUUGCCCUAUCCGUGUACAACCAAACAAUGUGAACCAUUAUUGUUCAAACAGGCUGGGUAUCCCGUAGGGGUAUGCAAUACAACUGUGUAUCAAAAUUCGGGUGUUUGUUUACCACGUCUCCUAAGACACGUGUAACUUACAAAGCAACAUGUGUCUUGUGUCCGGAAAAACAUGUGUGUUGCGGAUGAAACGUGUAUUCAAACACGCGAUUUUGUAUGAACUUAGUUUAUAUAAAAUUCUAAUGAAGCUGCGUGUUCAAUCACAAAUCUCAAUGUGAAAUGAAGUUGAUGGAUAAGGCCCAAGAUAUGACAAAACUAAAUCAGAUAUAUGGGGAAACUAUACCCAUAGAAUCAGCUGCUUGAGCGUGUUCAACUCAAUACUAUGC